AGGGCAGAGCAUCCAGCACGGCAGCCGACCUCACCGGCGCCAUUUUCAAACAUUUUCAAAAUAGAGGCUAACGGCAGCUAACAGCAGUCCAUAUUGACAGAAAGUUCAGCAUAUUUUCAACAGCUUGCCUCAGUAUCACUGUCAUCAGACAGAAGUGAGUUUCACUCACUCACUGAUUCCUCCAAACUAAAUACAGGUGCCUUACACUACAGAUGAAUGUUAUUUUGCUGACUUCAGGGGUGAAAAUGUUAAAUCCUGCAAAAUACUUGACACAUAUCUGUUUCUUAUUUCUGAUUUACUGCUAAAUGUUGAUAUUAUUCAAAUAUGUUAAAAUGUAAUGUGAAUUAAAUGUUUUUUAUAUAGAAACAGUAGUAGAAGGCCAGGCGUGGCCAUUACGAGGCCUAACAACAACAGUUAGAAACAAACAAAUAAUGGUGCAGUAACAUCGGCUGUAGAUGUGAUCAUCACCAUGAAUCCAGGGCGUUUCUGUCUGGUGACCUCGGCAUAUCAAUGUCGAAAAAACUGUGGGAGGAGCCACGGGAGUUCAGGGUCGGAUCUGAGACCCCUUAGGAAGGACUUUCAUUGGACGUCAAAGAACUUCUGUCCAUGAGCUCAGGAAGUUCUCAGGGCGUGCAGGGGAACAGCUGACAUGUACUCAAUUUAUUGUCGAGGGUGGAAAGAGGACUUUGAGGAGCUCCAGAGUCUGACCGAACCUUCGUCUGUGAAGGAGACACCGCCUGAAGAUUUGAGGGAACCUCUGCAGAUACACUGGCAGAGAUGCUGUCUGGUUCAGGACGUCAGGACUGACUCAGACUUGUCCUGAGAUGAUAACGGCUCUGGACAUCACGGGCUGUUUGGGCUUGGGUGCGGACAGCACCUUUGUACUGGCAGACUGAGGUGGUGGUUCCCUUUGGAGGUCUUCCAGGCAGGAGACCCCGAGUGAGACCAGAACCUGCUGGUCUGGUUAGGAAGGCCUCAGAAGUCUGGAAUACGGCUCAGCCUGCAGGUGACCUGACUUUGAUGGAUGGAUAUGUUUUUACAAGCAGACACUUCUGAUGAGCGCUGGGGUCAGAGCGCAGCUUGUUUUUGUAACGUUUUUUAUUGUUGGCAAGAGUGUUAAUAAAAAAAUCGUUAAUCAUGAAACAGAAACACGAGAACACAAAGAGAAGAAGAGCGUUGGGUCAGCUCUAAAUGACCUGUUCAAGUUCAAUAAGCAGAAAGAGGUGAACAUGUUUCAGUAAAACGACCCUGAUGGUUUCCAUCACAGCACGAACGUCCGGCUCAUAUCGGCCUCGGGUGAAUUCUGCUCAGCCCGGACGCAAGUGAAGGAGGAAGAAACCACAGUGACAUCAGAAACAGUUUGGCACCCGCACUUCCUGUCUCAUUACAUCACACCGUUUCCUACAACUCAGAGGAAAUACACCAGACAAGCCUUUUAUGGAAAUGUAAGGUCGGUUAGGUUCACUGAACAAAACCAUGACAGCAGGUCCUCGGUGAUGAAGCAGAAUUCAAACAAACAACAACAAACCUCAAACAUCUGAAGACGAAUCAAACUGAAACUUCAGGCAAGACGUGCAGUCAAUGAACCAAAACCAGAACGCUGUGUGUGUGCGCGUGCGUGUGCGUGUGUGUGAGACUGGGUGGGGUCUGAAUAAAAGUGUGUCCCGUCAGAUAUCAGAGACCACUUCUCUUCAGCUCACCCUCCAUGAUCAUGCAGACGCAGACAAACAGCCGAAACUAUACCGAACAUUUCAUGGAGGGUCAGCAUGUGUGGCUGAAUGAUUUAAGAAGUACAGCUGAGCGUCAGGGUUUGGAGAACCAGUACCUCUACAAAGAAGACAUCCCUGACUACCCCCGACCCGAGUUCUGCGUGUCUCACCUGAAACAUGACACAGAGCGACGGGGGCUAUGUGGGAUCCGGAAGGACAGAGGCUUCAAGGAUCCUCGUGGAGGCUCCUCAGAUCCUUGCCAUCUCUCCCUGGUGUGGUGGAGUCUGGCUGUGGGACCCGAGGAGAUCCAAGCAGCUGAGACGAGGCUCCUGGAGGAGACCUACCCAGACCGGAUGGAGGAGCAGGCUGCAGAGCAGGAGAGCUUCCUGUGGAAGUUCGCCUCCUCUCCAGCCUUCAAGAGGAGGUCGAGACUGGGCUCGUACCGCUUCAGGUUUCCUCUGGAGGAGGUGCUGACGGCCUACAGCGAGCAGUUUUGCUCUGGAGCUCCGCCCAUCAUGAGGGUGUUCAAGACCUCGCUGUACAAACAGGAAGUGCAGUACUCUGUGCUGGUACACAGCCCGGCCAAUCAGCGGUUCUUCUCAAGGUUUCCUUUGCUCCCUGAUGAUGACCCGGACGCCGUCUGCACUUAUAGAGACGGACGCUUCAUCUGGAGACCGGAGGCCAUGUGUAAGACACACAGCUACGAGUUGAUCCGAGGACCUGACGAGAACCAGAUGGACGCUCGGGGGCCGAUUAGGCACCCAGAGUUUUAUGUGUGGGAUCACGUCGCCGUCGCCCUGCACAUGGAGAACAGAAAGGUGCUGAGGUUUGAUCCUGAUCAGCUGAGAGAAAACUUGAGGUUCUGCUGGAGGGACAACAGGACAAUCAUACCCCAAACACGCUUUGAUCACUUCUGCAGAGCCCACUCCCUCCUUAGACGCCUGUGGCCCAGAUACUCCUGGCUGGAGAAGGAGCCCCCACUCCGGCCUACCUGAGGCAAUGAAUCCACAUUUCUCCUGACAGCUGCCUCGAGUGGACACUAGGAGAACUGCAGUCUUUGUUUUCUUAUUAAAAAUACUCUAGUAAAA